CGGCAGCGCUGCGCGGGGCGGGCGGACCCGCGGGCGGGCGGCGGGCGGCGCGGGAGAGCGGGCGGAGGGAGCCUAGCCGGCCGGAGGGUGUGCGCCGCCCGCGGUCCGGUCACGUCCCCGCGCGGGUGCCGCCGCCCGCGUAGUGCGGAACGAGGGCGCCGCGGCCCGCGCUCGCCGCCCCGCCCCGCCCCACCCGGAGCAGCUCGGCCGAUGCACCGUGCGGCGGCCCGGAGGUGAAGGGCGGAUGCCCAAGGCAGGGGGGCCGCAGGGAGCACCCGCGGCACCAGUGGCUGGCCUUCCAGCCGCACUUAGCAGCAUCGCCACAGCAACCAGCAACCAGACGGCAGCAGCCUAGGCAGCCGCUACAGUACAGCUUCCCACCGUCGGAGAACAGGGAAUGACUACAGCGUAUCAGGCCCCGCAUUGGCCUGGGAAGGUGGAGUGUCACUAGAGGGAGGGCUCGGCCACCUCCUCACAACAGAAGAUCGCCAUGCCAGCCGGAGAAGAGGUGCUGGGGCAGGGGCUGCAGCGUGGCACAGCCUCGCCCCCCCACCCGCACUGAGCGCUUCCAGGGCGCAGGGCUCCGUCUGCCGGGCAUACCCGGCCUGCAUCUCAGCGUCCCCUGCUUGGUAGCAACAGGGAGAGGUGCCCCGUCCCCUGCUCUGCAUCUGGGCCCGCCGCUGCCGGACCAUGGGAUGUCGGCAAAGCUCAGAGGAGAAAGAGGCGGCGCGGCGGUCCCGGAGAAUUGACCGCCACCUGCGCUCAGAGAGCCAGCGGCAGCGCCGUGAGAUCAAGCUGCUCCUGCUGGGCACCAGCAACUCGGGCAAGAGCACCAUCGUGAAGCAGAUGAAGAUCAUCCACAGUGGUGGCUUCAACCUAGAGGCCUGCAAGGAGUACAAGCCCCUCAUCAUCUACAACGCCAUCGACUCGCUGACCCGCAUCAUCCGUGCCCUGGCCGCCCUCAAGAUCGACUUCCAUAACCCGGACCGCGCCUACGACGCAGUCCAGCUCUUCGCGCUGACGGGCCCUGCCGAGAGCAAGGGUGAAAUCACACCCGAGCUGCUGGGGGUCAUGCGGCGGCUGUGGGCCGACCCCGGGGCACAGGCCUGCUUCGGCCGCUCCAGCGAGUACCACCUGGAGGACAACGCCGCCUACUACCUGAACGACCUGGAGCGCAUUGCCGCGCCCGACUAUAUCCCCACUGUUGAGGACAUUCUGCGCUCCCGGGACAUGACCACGGGCAUAGUGGAGAACAAAUUCACCUUCAAGGAGCUCACCUUCAAGAUGGUGGACGUGGGUGGGCAGAGAUCAGAGCGCAAAAAAUGGAUCCACUGUUUUGAGGGCGUCACAGCCAUCAUCUUCUGUGUGGAGCUUAGUGGCUACGACCUGAAACUCUAUGAGGACAACCAGACGAGUCGAAUGGCAGAGAGCCUGCGCCUUUUUGAUUCCAUCUGUAACAACAACUGGUUCAUCAACACCUCACUCAUCCUCUUCCUGAACAAGAAGGACCUGCUGGCGGAGAAGAUCCGGCGCAUCCCGCUCACCAUCUGCUUCCCUGAGUACAAGGGCCAGAACACCUACGAGGAGGCCGCUGUCUACAUCCAGCGGCAGUUCGAGGACCUGAACCGCAACAAGGAGACCAAGGAGAUCUACUCCCACUUCACCUGCGCCACCGACACCAGUAACAUCCAGUUUGUUUUCGACGCGGUGACAGACGUCAUCAUACAGAACAAUCUCAAGUACAUAGGCCUUUGCUGAGGAGCUGGGCAGGCCAGUUUGCCUGUGGCGAAACCCCUGGGGUGUCACACCCCCACUCGUGCUAGGGAGACCCAGCCUAGGGGCAGAAAACGGGGGACCUGAAAAAUGUCCCCCCCCCCGGCCCUCCACCUCCUUGGCCCCCACAUUUCCGCAAACAUAAAUAUAUACGGAUAGAUUGCUAGGUAGGUAGACACACACACACACACACACACACACAUAUGCACACACACAAUCUGGAGAUGGUAAAGUUCCCCAAAGCGUUGAGGCCUCUUGAAGACUUAAGCAGUUGUCACCAUGUUCACUAUGAGCCCUUUAUGCCCCCUUCACUUUGCCUUCCCGAGCCGGCCCCACUCUGCAUGGGGGUCCUCGUGGGACUAUGAGGAGAGGCGGCUGGGUCAUCUGGAGGAAGCCAGCUCUGCCCAAGCUUGGGACUGAGGACCUUGCUGCUGACCAGGAGGGAGGACCAGAGCAGGGUCCACGCGCCUUCCCUGCUGGCCACGCCUACUGCUGGCCUACUCUGUACCACGUUCGUUCUGGAACCAGGGUGCAAGGCCAGAUAACAGCACUAACCAGACCUCUAGCCACUCACAGCUCUUUUUAAACAGCUUCAAAAUAUGCAGCAAAAAUCCACACAAUAACAUGAGUGGCACGAUUUGUUUCAAACUAGGCCAGCUGGGUUCCAGCUUUUCUUCUACUAGUCUGAUGUUUUAUAAAUCAAAACCUGGUUUUUCUUCUCUGACAUCCUUUUUUUUGGCCAAAUCUCGUGGUGUUUCGCAGAAAUAUGGAAAAUUUCAAAUGCAGUUGAGUAUUCUUUUUUAAAAUGCAGAUUUUCAAAACAUAUUUUUUUUUCAGGUGGUCCUUUUUGUGUCUGGCUUGCUGAGUGUAAAAGUUGUUAUCUGGAUGAGUCUGUCCCUCUGCUCCCGAGCGACACUGGGGCGGAUGGCCGCCCUGUGGCAGCCUCGUGGGGCCGCGUUGUACAUAAGCCUGUGCAGCGUCCUCUUGUUACUGGUGCGAUUUCUGCUUCGUUUUUAUUUCAGAAAAUAAAUGUGAUGUAUUUAAAGAAGGUUCCUCACCUAGGAGCGAAUGAACAAUAGCUAAAUGUCUUUGGUAUUUAAAGAGUAAAUUAUCCAUUGGCUUUGCAAGUGGAGGAAGGGGAAGCAAGAGAUGGGGCCCUGGCCCCUGCACACCUUACACCUGAGAUGGGCUGAGAGCAGCUACAAGUCCUGUGAAGGCUCAGCGAGCGUUGUAGCCUGAGGGAGGCCCUGCUGGGACCUCGCACUCUGGCCCUUCAUGUCCCAGGGCCUGUGGCACCCACCAUCAUGGAAGGACCUUGGCCAAGGGCCGCAUGUAAAUAUGAACCCCCGCUGUUGAGAGGGAAGGCACCGCCAGAGCCCUUGCCAAAUCUCCUUUUCUCUUAGCCUCUGUUCGGUACCUAUAUGUCCAAGGUCAGCGUGUGGAAUCACAGCCAAGGACUUUAAGAGAUGUACAGAGGGAAAGAGGAGCUGGUGAUUGUAUGAAAGUUAAAGAUUGUCUACUUUAAGAAAAUAAAAUACCCUGAAUGAGCUGAG